ACAGGGCUCCCUCUCUCCCAGAAGCCAUGAAUCUCCUGAUGCUGACCUUCGUGAUAUGUGGGUUACUAAAUCUGGUGACCAAAGCUGGCUGGUUUGUUGAAAGAUGCUGGAAGAAUGGUGUAGGACACUGCAGAAAACGAUGUUUACAUCUCGAAAGGUACAAACUUCUUUGUAUGAACAAGCUGUCAUGCUGCAUUCCCCUAAGCAGUGACGAUUCUUACACUCCAUGGCCAAUACGUCCCACAUUCGGUGAAGAUGUAACUUUUGGAUUUGGUACUCACGAUGGCUUUCCUUUUUCUCCCGUACCUGGGUUUGAUGAUGAGGUAACAAUUAAAACAACUAAGACUCAAGAAACCACAGUAACUGGGACGACUGCUUCCGAGAGAGAUUCUACCCAGACUUUGACAACUAUUCCUCAGAGCGUUGAGGGUACAACAUUUUCUCAUGAGCCUGAGACAGCAGAUCUAUAUAAGCAUUGGGACUAAUAUCCAGGGAGCCAAUUCUACAGAUGUUAUUUCACCGGGGACAGUUCAAUUGAGAAUUGGAUGACAUAGAGGUGGACAUAAUGCUACUGCCAAGGCAAGAACUGAGAGAGUUACCUCACAAUUAGAAAUGUAUAAAGAGAAGUGUAUAGAAGAUAUAGGGAUUCUUUA